ACCGUUUAUUUAUGAGUAAAUUGCGAUGGUUGUUAAAAUUUGUUCCGGACAAUAUUUCCAAAAUUAUUUAUUAAAAUAAUGGAAGAUGAAGCUGCUACUGGAAGUAACGCAGGUUUAUCAAAAUUGUUAAGCGAUUCGGACGAAAGGCCACGGUCGGCUGUGAACUCAGUGGUACUUGAUUAUUAUAAAAAGUUUGGAAGAAAAAGAGAUUUAGAGCAGUAUUUUUCUUUGACAACGGCCCAGGCCGACAUUAGGGAUCCCAGGAGUUUGUUUUGGCGAAGAAUGAAAGAGCAAAGUGAUACGUCAGACUCUGGUGAAAAGAAGAGUGAAUCUUCAAACGAAAUUUGUAGAAUUUCGAUUAAAUGCUCCAUUCCAGAAAGGUCUGAAAUGGAGAGACAAAUAUCGCAAUCAAAUGAGGAAUCAGAGUCCCCACCGAUUAUCACUGAUGUGUUACCAGCUCCUUCACCUUCUGGAGAUGAAUCUAUUGAUGACAAUCAUUCGCAAAAAUCCGCAGAUGUGACAUUAGACACCUCCACAAACAAGCCGUUAUCGCCAACAAGUAGCAUAACAUCCCAACGGAAACUAGAGUGGGAUUCAUUGGCAGAUGUUGGCUACGGCAAUGAAAGUGACAAGAAAACCUCUGCGUCAAGUCUAAGCACCUUAGAAAGAGAAGUUCUGGCACAAAAACAACACUUUACACUUGACUUUAAACAAAAUAGUGACCUAGGAAUACCUACUGCCCAUUCCACCCCAGUAGACCCAAAUGACAGUAACCCGAAAACCAAAAAGGGUCAGGGGAAGAAAACAAUAUCUAUUUCUAGAAAAGAUGUUGAUCUUGUUGAAGUAAAUGUACCACACAAUAUGGAAAAUGUUCAACCAAUCAAUGUUAACCUGACUAAACAAUUUUCUCUCAAUUUACAAAAAGAUGGUGCAAUGACUAUUGACAAUGUAAAAAAGGAUACUUCUAUUUCACCAGAAAAAAAGGUGGAAACUGAAAAAAAUGCAGGAGUAAAGCUUGAUAAAGAAAUACAAACCUCUUUAUUGAGAUCUAAUGAAAAAGAUAAAGGUUCAAAUGAUCAUUUAGCUUCCACUUCUGCACCCAAAAUUCCGAUUCUCAUAGGCUUAAACACACUGCGACGAAAUCAAAGGCGUAAGAAAAUCAGGAAAUCAAGAACAAAACUGAAAGGUAAACAGAGGCAUAUUAGAAAAAAACAAGUCAUAGUAGAUAAAGAUAAAAGUGGCGAACAAGUAUCAGAAGCAGAAAGUUUUGAAUACAUGCCUGGACACAUGUAUCAUCAAAAUCAAUUGAGAAAACAAGAUUCAAAUAGAUCUAACAACAACAAUAAUAAUGUGGGCAACAAAUCGAGCCUUGAAUCAAGUGCAGUCCACACUACAGAUUCUAGCAAAGAAUCAAAAUAUUCUCUCAGCAAGGACCUUGAUAAAACGUUGAAUGUUCUCAAAUCAACAUUGAAAGACAGAUAUGAUUCUAACUUAAAAAAGAAGCUUGUGACUGAAAUAAUUCAUAGACUUCUUAAGUCUAACUAUGGUGAAGGUGAAACUACACCUGAAUUUUUGUCUGUUUUGAGUUUGACUAAUAAAAAAACUCCUACAACCGGUACAUCAGAAGCAGAUAAUACUGAACAAAAAGUGGUACAUACAAAACCCAAAAAAUCAAUACUUAGAUCAAGUAAAUUUGAUCCUCGAAAUGUAGCCUCCACAUCUCAAAGCGCUCCUAAUCUACCAUCUGUAGUAGAAAGUGAUAAGCCUGUGACAUCUUAUUUAUCAAAAAUACAGUCAUCAACUACUACAGAAACCGACCUAUCUAACAAUUCAGCAAAAGAUGGAACAUCCUCUGAUACAGUAUUUGCUAAAACAUCAUCUCAAGAACUUUAUAAAAAAUACAUUAGUGCUCUAAAAAAAGAAGAGGCAUAUAAACAGCAUCUACGAGAUAAAGAAUUGUUUUUGAAACAAAAACUUGUUAGAACAGAACCUGCGAAAAAAGUACCUGCUCACCUUGAUAUAAACAAGAACAGUUAUUUAAAAGAUCUGAUUAAUGAUCUGACUAGAAACAAUUACGAUGAUGGUUCAGGGGAUGCAAGUAUAUUAGAAGGAGGUAGUUCAAAUUUACAUAUUGUUAGACAGGGAGUUCCUAUAAAACACAGGAGCCAUUCCGUAUUUACUCUGUCUUCUGGCAAUUCUGAUUUGCAAGAUCGGACUUCUAAUGCAAAAAUUAGAAUGCAGAAAAACAGUUCACCUAGAGGUGAACCUAAUUGGGAGAGAAAUGUAGUUGGUGCUUGCAAUAAACCUGCUGUAACAGACAGCUCUGUUCAAGUAAAUAUAAAUGUUCAUGAUAAACCCAUGUCUCCUAAAUUAGUUAAAGAAGAGAAAUACGUUUGCUUAUGCACUGCAAAGACACGAACUUGUCACCAUAGUCCUGACGAAGUUGAAGUAUAUAAAUGCCCUAUAUCAAGGCCAGUGACUAUAUCUAAACCAUGUGUAAGCAACCAACAAUUGUGUGGAGUACAUUCUGCUAGCUCGUCAUUGAAAAAUGAUACGAGUAAAUCUAGCAGUAAACCAAAAACAGAUAAAACUGUUGUUGAAUGUACAAGAUGUGUACAAACUAAAAUGAGCAUUCAUCCUAAAAUUUCCGAUCCUUCAGUGUCAGAUUUAAACAUCAUAGACAGUGCAGAUUGUGUAAAACUUAUUAAUGAACUAUACAGAAAAGUUUCCAAGACAAAUACAGAAUGUCGAUGUUCGAAUGAGAAACAGGAUUGCAAUUCGUACACGUGCAAAUCUUCAAAGGAUAACAUGCGUCGUAACGAUGGGAGCGAGCAAGAUAAUCUUGUUGAAGACUUAAACCAAAUGGCGCCUUUGGUAGAUCAAAAACCCGUUGAAGAGAACCUCAUUCAAAGUUGUAUUGGUUGCAAUAAAAAUAUUACAAAACAGCCUGAUAAUGCUGCUGAGAAUAUAGUUAUUCCUAUACAAGGAACUAAUAUGAUGUUGAAAUUGAGCAUAGGUGGAAAUACACUUAAAAUUCAAAAUGAAGAAAUGCCAAAAUCAGUAGUGGACAGUUCCAGUAAUGUUGACACUCUUGACAGAGAAAUGUUCACUGUUAAACAAAAACCCAGUUUAAAAGGUAUGUCUAAUUUACCUGAAUGUCCUGUACCUGUGCAGGCAGAAACUUCAAACGCGGUGUAUCAACCCAAAUGCAAUUUAAAAACAAAUCAGGACAAAAUGUUUUCAGUUCAAGACCCUUUACGUAAUGAUUACAAAACCAAACAUGAAGGUGAGAUACAGAGAAAGAAUAAUUAUGGUAUUUUAACUGAUUCUGGAGCUGCUGGUCGUAGUACAUACCCAAAGAAGGUUCAAAUCCAUGAAAAGAAACCUCUGUUACGCUCUAACACUGAUACAGGGAAUCUAGGAGCGUGUUCCGGUAUGCAAACAGAAACCAUUUUCACCAAAGAUGAAGAAAUUCAUGCUUAUUUUAAAACACCAUCUGAUCAAGAUUUCUCAAUAAAAUCCACGCAAUCCAAAACCACGGAUGACAAUGGAUCGCGAUCACAAUCGAUUAAGAGUACACCUUGUCAGAGUCAAUCCGAAAGUUCAAAAUCCAGUACUGAAGCAAAAUUCCAUAGCUUUAACACUUCUAAAAAUAAAUAUUCAGCUGAAUGGCGGAAGUUAAAGGACCAACAGGGCUACGAUGCUUUAACCGAUGAAGGAAAACCUAAAGAUCUUAUCUUAGAAGCUAUUAAGGAUAUUACUAAUCGGUAUACGAAAAGGGAUACAGACAAGCAUAGUAAGAAGAAAUGUUUUAAAGAAAUCAUGAAUGCAUUGAGCUAUCUUUUAGAUACUGAUGACAGUGGUGAUGGAGACCAAGAGUUUUCUCAAAGUUCUAAAGAUUUUCAUAAAAACGUAGAGAGAACUAAAGAAAAAAAUGAUAACAUCCCAGAUUUUACUGCGCAAAAAAGUAAUACUUAUGAGAGAAAUAUGAAAGUAGAAAGUUUUAACCGCGAGAGCAAACAGAGCAGGCGUUUUAGCGAGGCAAGUGGAAUCGCCGACCUAGAGAAUCUUAAAACUAAGCAGGCACCUGUUAAGUUUACUUGUAACAAAGGAUGUGGGUGUGAUGGUACUUCGGAAUGCAUUGACUGCUCGGGCCCUUUGAAAACUAGCGCGGCCGAUGGUAGCAGAAAAUCUCCGAGGUCAGGAAAGAGUUCAAAAAUCGUAAAUGAUGCAAGUCGUAAAAAUGUUCCUUGCUCUACAGAAGUUGAACCAAUUAAAUCUGUUCAAGAAGCCUACAGAUUCGAAGAUGCUAAAGGCAAGUCUGAGGUCAAGGAAUCUUGUGCAUAUGAUUCUUCCAAAUUCAUAAAAGGCAUUGGAAAGGCACCAAAUCAUGUAAAAACUUGUGAUGUGGGUUGCGGGUGUGAUAGUUCCUCAGAAUGCAAAGAUUGUGAAAAAAGUGACUCUCCUACACAUGGUGAGAGCACUAGAUGUGACAGAGAAUUUGCAAGAUCUAAGAAUGCAGAAUCUAGGGGCAAUACACCAAGAGAAAUGAAAAAAACAUGCGAUAAAGGUUGUGGUUGCGACGGUUCUUCAGAAUGCAAGGAUUGUAUGGAGUCCCAUUCUCCGAAAUACAAAAAUAUAUGCGACGAAUCAGAAAAACCUAAAAAUAAACAAGUUCGAUGCGGUUCACCAAAGAAAACAAAGAAAACUUGCGAUAAAAGUAGUUGUGGUGAUAAUUCCUCAGAGUGUAAUGACACUUACCACUCUCCAAAAUCAGGAUCUGGAGAGUGUGGAAAAGAAUCUAGAAGACCUAGAAAUGUAGAUAGAUGUACGUCACCCAGAAAAACAGAAACCUGUGACAGAGGAUGCGGCUGUGAUGCCUCAUCAGAGUGUAGUAAAUGUGUUGAAAUCCAGUCUCCGAAACGUGCCGUUGCAAAGUGUAGAAAAGUAUCUGUAAAACCUAAGAAACAAGAGAGAUGCACUUCACCAAAGAAAAUAGAAACUUCUGAGAAGGGAUGCGGAUGUUACGGGUCAGAUUGUGACGAAUGUAUCGAAUCCAUGCCUCUAAAAUGCAGAACUGACGGUAAAGAAUCUAAACUUAAAAAACAAAGUAGAUGCACUUCACCAAAGAAAAUAGAAACUUCCGAAAAGGGGUGCGGAUGUAACGGCUCCGAUUGUGACGAAUGUAUCGAAUCCCUACCUCUAAAAUGCAGAACUGACGCUAAAGAAUCUAAGCUUAAACAAAGCAAAUGCACUUCACCUCGAAAACCAGAAGCCAUAGAAACACGUUGCAUGUAUAGUAGUUUAUCGGAGCGCGAAUAUUUAUCGAGGCCUAGACAAAGCAGAUGUAACUCACCCAAAAAACUACGAGCAACGUGUGAUAGAAGUUGUGGAUGCGACGGUACAUCAGAGUGCAAAGACUGCAGUCACAAAACAGGUAAAUGCGAUAAAGAAAGGAACAAAAGACAAGACGCCAAGAAAUUCGUCAAUAAAUGCGUGCAGUCUACCGUAAGACGAGUAAAGUCUCUAUACUCUCAUCACUGUGACGAUUCUUCUGAUAUUCCGGUUUCAACAGAUCCACCAUGUUGUUCUACUGACUCCCCAACUACGAAACUUGUACAUAAGAUAAAAAAGGAAUGCGAGAAAUAUCAAAAGCGCUGCAAAGCUUGUAAGAAAUGUGAAGCCUCCAGCACUACAACGGUAAGUUGUGAUCAUUGUAGACGCGAAAAGCCCCACCAUAGACAUAGAUGCAGACAUAGAAGUAAAUCUACGGAAAAGAUUAAAAAGAAAUGUGUUGCGUACAAUUUAAUCGUACAAACGUCUGAUAGUUUGAUAAGUGAGGAGGCAGUUUUUGAACGAUAUCGCCCAUUGCAGAAUGUUAUUGUGAGAGUCCCGAAAUAUAAGAAUGCGAAUGUGCCUUUCAAAGAAGCUUGUGCUAAAAUUGAGCAGAAAUUGCCGUAUUGUGAUACACGCUUUGAGCCCAAAGGGAGAUCUCAGAGCUGGCCCAAUGAAUGUGGAAUUUCUAGUACGGAUGACGUAAAAAUAGCAAAUGCGUGCACAGUAAGGGAUUACUUGGAGCAAAAUCGUCCUGACUUUGUAAAUAGCUGCGAAACUCGACAGAAUUGUAUAAGGAUGACAAGCGAGUCUAGAGCCAAGGAACGCUCGAAACUGCGAGAACAACUGGUGGGACUGGAGUCCUUGCCGACAUUGAACGACGAAGAGAUAAUAUAUCUGGCGAAGCAACUUGGCUUUAGACGUAGGCGACGUAAGUCACUGCAACAGAAUAUAAUGAGCGAAAGAGAAAUGAAGAAACAUUCAGAGAAGAUAUACAAAUCGCUACCUGAAGUAGUACAAAAGAAAGAAGAGGCUAAAAAGGAGAAUAUUAAGAAAACAAAUUUGCUGAUGGCGAACAUUUUUAAAAAGAAUCUCCAGAAGAAAGUACUAAGCGGUGAUGUAAACAUAUCGAACUACAGCCAAGUUGUGAAAAUUUGACAUAAAGUAAGAUUGUUAUAUUUAAAAUAUUUAAAUGAUUCUUGAAACGGACAUUAUUAUAUCGUUUUUAUGGUGUGUAUUUUAUACAAUGUGUUGCAUUGGUUCUAUAUUUGACGUUUGAUAAAUAAAUUGUUUCAGAAUUUGA